AUGGGUUGCGGAAUGAGUACGGAGGAGAAGGAGGGCAAGGCCCGGAACGAGGAGAUUGAGAAUCAAUUGAAGAGGGAUCGUAUGCAACAACGCAACGAGAUCAAGAUGUUGCUUCUGGGUGCUGGUGAAUCCGGAAAGUCGACAAUCCUGAAGCAGAUGAAGCUUAUCCACGAGGGCGGUUAUUCACGCGACGAGCGGGAAUCCUUCAAGGAGAUUAUCUUCAGCAACACGGUCCAGUCCAUGCGCGUCAUUCUCGAGGCGAUGGAGUCCUUGGAGCUGCCGCUUGCCGACCCGCGCAUGGAAUACCACGUCCAGACCAUCUUCAUGCAACCAGCCCAGAUCGAGGGAGAUGUCUUACCCCCCGAGGUCGGCAACGCGAUUGAGGCGCUUUGGGGUGAUGCUGGUGUUCAGAGCUGCUUCAAGCGGUCAAGAGAGUACCAAUUGAACGACUCGGCGAGAUACUAUUUUGAUAACAUCCAGCGUAUCGCAGCCCCAGACUACAUGCCCAAUGAUCAGGAUGUUUUGCGGUCGCGUGUCAAGACGACUGGUAUCACCGAGACGACCUUCAUUAUCGGCGAACUCACGUACCGCAUGUUCGACGUCGGUGGUCAGCGGUCGGAGCGGAAGAAGUGGAUUCACUGCUUCGAGAACGUCACCACCAUCCUGUUCCUGGUCGCCAUCUCCGAGUACGAUCAGCUUCUGUUCGAAGACGAGACGGUCAACCGCAUGCAAGAAGCGCUCACGCUGUUUGACUCGAUCUGCAACUCGAGGUGGUUCAUCAAGACUUCCAUCAUCCUCUUCCUCAACAAGAUUGAUCGCUUCAAGGAGAAGCUGCCCGUCAGCCCGAUGAAGAACUACUUCCCCGACUACGAGGGUGGUGACGACUACGGCGCGGCAUGCGACUACAUCCUCAACCGCUUCGUCAGCCUGAACCAGCACGAGAGCAAGCAGAUCUACACACAUUUCACAUGCGCGACCGACACAACGCAAAUCCGCUUCGUCAUGGCGGCGGUAAACGAUAUCAUCAUUCAAGAGAACCUGCGCCUCUGCGGCCUCAUCUGA